AUGAAGCUCAAGGUGAAGCCCACGGCGGGCGCGCCGAGGCACGGCGACGUCUGCGCGGUCGUCGCGUGGAACUCCGCCAGCGAGCUGUACAGCGCGGGCGACGACAAGCAGAUCUUACGGUUCGACGUCAACGGCGACGCGCGAGGGAAGGUGUGCGACCUGGACGCGUACGUCGUCGACAUGGCGUGGCACCCGGGCGGCGCGAAGUCCUCCGGGAGCGGCGGCGAGACGCGCAUGAUGACGCGAGGCGGGAUGGUGGAGAGAGCGUUCGAGGCGCACCGCGGCGCGGUCACGAGCGUCUGCUGGAACGACGACGGCACCGCGCUGUUGACCACCGGCGAGGACGGCGCGGCGAAGGUGUGGAGCAGGAACGGCGCGCUGCGCGUCGCGCUGGAGCAGAGAGACGCCGCGAUCUAUUGCGCGUCGUGGUCGCGCGACGGCGACGCCGUCGCGUUCGGCUGCGGCAAGGAGCUCCUCGUGAAGCCUCUCAACCCGGGCGCGAAGACGUUGAGAUGGAAAGCGCACGACGGCGUCGUGCUCUCCUGCGACUGGUGCGCCCUCACGCGCGUCAUCGUCAGCGGCGGCGAGGACUGCCGCUAUAAAACCUGGGACGAGCACGGGUUGCUGCUGUUUCAGUCGUCGCGACUCGACCACGUCGUCGCGUCGGUGCGGUGGAACCCCGCGGGCGACGCGUUCGCGGUCGGGUCGUUCGACUCGAUCACGCUGUGCGACGCGACCGGUUUCACGUCGGGGAAGACGCCGGUCGACGCCGGGACGGUGUUGAAGCUGGCGUGGUCCCCGGACGGCGCGUCCGUCGCGGGCGCGGGCGGGAACGGCGCCGUCGUCUUCGGCUCCGUCGCGGAGCGACGGAUCGAGUCGUGCGGAUUCGCGGCGACGCUGAUCGCGCCGGACCGCGGCGACCUCGACCUGAGCUUCCGCGGCGACAGAGUCGUGAAGAUGGCCGCGGGGCACGGGUACCUGCUCGUCGCGAGCUCCGCCGGCGCGGUGAGCGUGCGUCAGCGCGGGCGGAUGAACGCCCCGCGGACGAUCGACGUCAGAGACGUCGCGACGUUGCUGAUCCCCGGCAAGACGUGCUUCCUGUGCGUCACCAGCGGCGGCUCGUGCGCGGUGUACUCGUACGAGGGCAGGAAGACGAGCGACUUGCGCGCCGCCGGGUUGCGUCCGGAGCUUUUGAACGAUCGCUCCGUCGCUCUCGCGCCGGACGCGUGCGUUUUCAUCGACCGACCGUCCUCGCGCGUCGUGCGGUUUCUGGACGUCGCGAACGGCCGCGCGCUCGCCGGGGACGAAAACGCGAUCGCGCAUCACGCGGAGAUCACGCGCGUCGUCGUGAACCAGGUGGGAUCCGCGCAGGACCGGAAGGUUGCGUUCGUGGACGUGAAUCGAGACGUGCACGUCGCGUCGGCGUUCGGCGGCGGCGUCGCCGUCAAACUCGGCGGGAUGGUCGACAGCGUGCUGUUCGCGGACGUCACGGACGCGCUCGCGGCGAUGGUGGACCAGAGGCUCGUCGUGUGGCUGCACCCGAACGCGGCGUUCGUGGACAAGGACGUCGUGGACGCGACGAAGAUCACGCGCGAGGGCGACUUUGGUAAGCUGCCGGCGUUGACGUCGUUUCGCGACGGCUCGCGCGCGACGAUUCGCAGGAUCGACGGCGCGUCGAUUCACGUCACCGUGUCGCCUCAUCUUCCGACGCUCCACGCGCACCUCAUCACCGGCGCGUUCGACAAGGCGAUUCGGUUGUGUCGGUUCGUGAAGGAAGAGAGCCUGUGGGCGUGCGUCGCGGUGGCGGCGGUGGCGGCGAAGGAUUUACGCGCCGCGGAGGUGGCCUACGCCGCGUGCGAAGCCGUGGAGAAGGUUCGUUUCCUUCGCAACGCGAGGGAGAUUUCGAGCGCGGAGGGGCGGAACGCGGAGCUCGCGCUGUUCCGAAGGAAGCCGGACGAGGCGGAGGCGAUCUUGCUGCACGCGGGGUUGAUUUACCGGGCGAUCGACGCGCGCGUGCGGCUGUUCGACUGGCGGCGCGCGCUCGAUUUGGCGACCAAGCACGGGAUGCACGUCGACACGGUGUUGUACCACCGGAGAGCGUACUUGAAGUCCGCGGGGAGGAAAGAGACGGACGGCGCGUUUUUGGACGCGAUGCGCGCCGUGGACGUCAGCGAAGAGGCCGUGCUCGCGAAGAUCGCGGAGGAGAGAGAGCGAGAAGGGACGGGGAGGAAGACGCGGUGA